UAUGGACAGAAUCUCCCACAGGAAUUAAGUCACAUUUACUCAACCACAGGAAGCGGGGGACAGAGAACAGUGACAGUAUUAAAUUUUAACCACUCUUCAAAUAAUGGUUUUAGAAAUCAAUAGUGUAGGUCCUGAACCCUUGGCUUCUCUAACUGCACUUGAUUUCAUGGCAGAUGCUGUUGAGAUGAAGCUUUACCUUCUAUUUGUCACCGUAGCUAUCUGCAUUCAGCAGAAACAUGUCUUCACUUUUCAAAGUGAUCAAGUAUUAUGGGCUCUCCCACGAUCAGAGAGACAAGCUGAAUUCCUUCAGAAUUUAACCACCAACUUUGAGGUUGUUCUCUGGCAACCUGUUUCGGCUGAAAACAUUAUGAAGAACAAAGAAGUCCAUUUCUAUGUUAAUGUGUCCGAUAUAAAUGAUGUGAAAGCUGAGCUAAACCGAUCCACCAUCCCAUACAAAGUUUUGAUGGACGAUGUUCAAGGAGUUAUCAAAAAACAAACUGUCAAUGACACAGUCAACCCCCGCAGUUCGGCAUCCUAUUAUGAACAAUAUCACUCUCUGAAUGAAAUAUAUUCAUGGAUGGAAGAAAUAACAGAGAUGAAUGCUGAUCUCCUCCAGAAAAUAUAUAUUGGAUCCUCAUUUGAGAAACGACCACUUUAUAUAUUGAAGCUUUCAUCUAAUAGAGACAGAACACCCAAAAGUGCCAUAUGGAUUGACUGUGGUAUCCAUGCAAGGGAAUGGAUUGCUCCUGCUUUUUGCCUGUGGUUCAUAGGACAUACAACCUACUUCCGUGAGAAAGAUCGGACCAUGACAAGACUUCUGCAGCAUCUUGAUUUCUACGUCAUGCCUGUGAUGAAUGUAGAUGGCUAUGAAUAUACGUGGACCACUAAUCGGUUGUGGAGGAAGAGCCGCUCAAAGCACGGCAACAACAGGUGCAUUGGUACUGACAUGAACAGGAAUUUUGAUGCAGGCUGGUGUGGUAAAGGUGCCUCUCAUAAUGAUUGUCAUGAAAUAUACUGCGGACCCUAUCCUGAGUCUGAACCAGAAGUGAAAGCGGUGGCUCAUUUUCUCCAAAAGCAUAAAGAUCACAUUAAGGCAUAUAUAACUAUGCACUCUUACUCACAGAUGGUACUGUUUCCAUAUUCCUACACUAUGAAUAAAAGUAAAGACCAUGAUGAGCUGCUAUCUGUGGCAAAUAAAGUAGUUCAUUCUAUUAGAAAAACAACUCAGAAAACGUAUGAGUCUGGCCCUGGUGCACAAACUAUCUAUUUAGCUCCUGGAGGUUCAGAUGACUGGGCUUAUGAUCUUGGCAUUAAGUAUUCUUUUACCUUUGAACUUCGGGACAGAGGAACACAUGGAUUUUUGCUUCCUACAAAUCUAAUUAAGCCCACUUGUAUUGAAGCACUUAGUGGUAUCAAAACAAUAGCUUUACAUGUUAUCGACAAUAUUUAAUGUGCUAUAUUUUAAUUUGUCAUUUCAUUGCUUUAACUGGUAAUUUAGGUGACCUGAUGGGCAGUGUCAUUCAUUCAAGUGUGCUUUUUUUUAAGUUCACUCAAAUAAAAGGAAUUACUUAC